AAUAGCCUGGGUACUAGGUUCAAUCCAAGAUGGCGGCAACAAGUGCUGGGAAGAUGGCUGUUAAAAACAUCCUUUUUCUUGGGUUUUCUACAGGUCCUGGGAUUGUAAAUAGCUUUGUUAAUAAAGCACUACCAUGUUGCUCUUAUGGUACGUUYGUUGGGAAAGCUGCUUCGUCGAUGAUGAGGAGUAACAGAGCAUCAAAUCCAAGAGAAAGGAACAGACAAGGGCGCAGUGGAACAGGGCGUAAACUAGCUAGUAAUCCUUCAAGGGCAAUUAAGAUGGUCCCAGAAACAACAGAUUGGCCAUCUGUGUUCUCAGGUGCACAAACAUUCAAUCCAUCAGUCAUCCCUGUGUUCUUCAGAAUGGGAAGGCCAAAACAUAACAGAAUAGACAAAAARCCAAACAGAACAAUGGGUAAUAUUGAACUAAUGAAGGUAACAAAUUUUUUCCAUCUCAGUCCCCCGGCAAUUGAGCGUCACUGUGAAGCACUCAAAUCUCUCUGCAAGGAGUGGCCAUCAGAUGUUGAUCUUUCAUCAUAUCCUAUUAAAGUUAUAACUAGAAAUUACCUUUUUGCUGGUCCAUCACUCUAUCAUCCUGGCUCUCGUAAAGUCAAACUUCAGAUUUGCUUGAAAGAUUUAAUUCUUGAUGACCAUGCAAGAAAGAAGUUAAUAGAUCUUGUAGGUCCAAGAUAUAACCCUGAGACAGACACACUGACCAUAGUAACUGAUAGGUGUCCCACAAGGAAACAGAACAAAGACUAUGCAUUGUACUUAAUGGCUGUUCUUUACCAUGAAGCAUGGAAAACAGAGCCUUGGGAAACAGAUAGUACACAAAAUGAAGAGGAUGAGGAUAUUGAGCUUCCCAAAAAGAAAAGACAGAGUCCAAUACGYCUGCGUCUUGUUGGUGAUGAAUUAUACAGGUUCAAUAAAUAUGGCAAAGGUUUCAAACUUCAAAUCAAAACCAAAGUGUAAAAAGAGCAAUAAAACUGACGUUUCAUUAUAAA